GUCAGUUUAGGCGCAAACCAGCGUUUGUAAGCGAUCACAGAGCUGAAGGACCCGAUGAACUAGCAGCCUGCGCUGGACCUGCAUGAUGUGUGUGGAUAGAUGCCAACAUGUAAACACCAAGAAAAUAGUUCAGAAUAACCUCCAGAAGCAUGAGACCAGUGGAAAUGCCUAGUGUAAAUAAUGUCUCUGCUCGCCUGCACAGACACUGCUGCUCGAAGCUCCAGGCUGCUUGCUUUGUGUCUCAACCCCACUCGUAUUCCCUCAUCGCUGGACAACAGCAUCGUUCCUUUCGCACAAGCUAUGUUGCAGCAAGACCAGUUUUGCAGUUCAAGCUCUCAGAUAUUGGAGAGGGCAUUAUGGAAGUUACGGUUAAAGAAUGGUACGUGAAAGAAGGCGACAAAGUGUCUCAGUUCGACAGCAUCUGUGAAGUGCAGAGUGACAAAGCGUCUGUCACCAUCACCAGCCGUUACGAUGGAGUCAUUCGCAAACUCUACUAUGAUGUCGAUUCCAUUGCCCUCGUGGGAAAACCUCUCGUUGACAUCGAAACGGACGGAGGUCAAGUGAAGGGUCCUCAGGAGGAUGUGGUGGAGACGCCAGCCGUGUCCCAAGAGGAGCACACGCACCAGGAGAUCAAAGGUCUCAAGACCCAGGCCACCCCAGCCGUCAGACGCUUAGCCAUGGAGAACAAUAUUAAAUUAAGUGAAGUUGUCGGCACUGGAAAAGAUGGCCGCAUUCUCAAAGAAGACAUCCUGAACUUCAUAGCCAGACAGACGGGGGCCAUCUUACCCCCAGCGCCCUUCCAGGAGAUUCGUCCUCCCCCUCCGGCGGCCGCAGUACCUUUGGCUCCAGCUGCGAAGCCCAAAGAGAAGAUGACUCCACCUAGUGUACCCACCCCUGCGAUCCCUAAACCUGUUUUCACAGGCAAAGACCACACUGAACCCAUUAAAGGCUUUCAGAAGGCAAUGGUUAAGACUAUGUCAGCAGCCCUGAAGAUCCCUCACUUUGGUUACAAAGACGAAGUGGAUCUGAGCCAGUUGGUCCGGUUGCGCUCCGAGCUAAAAGGCCUGGCCGAGUCGCGAGGAGUGAAGCUCAGCUACAUGCCGUUCUUCAUCAAGGCAGCAUCUCUUGGUCUCCUCCAUUUUCCCAUUCUCAACUCUUCUUUGGAUGAAAACUGCACAAAUAUCACCUAUAAGGCUGCUCAUAACAUUGGACUGGCGAUGGAUACCAGUCAAGGUCUUCUGGUACCCAACGUCAAGAACGUACAGAUGCUCAGCGUCUUUGAAAUCGCAGUGGAGCUCAACCGCCUGCAGACGUUGGGAGCGGCAGGGCAGUUGGGGACCGCUGACCUCACGGGGGGCACGUUCACAGUCUCAAACAUUGGAUCGAUUGGAGGAACCUAUGCAAAGCCGGUCAUAUUACCGCCCGAGGUUGCCAUCGGUGCUCUUGGGAAGAUCCAGGUGCUGCCCCGGUUCAACCACAAGGGCGAGGUAGUGAAAGCGCACAUCAUGAACGUGAGCUGGUCCGCCGACCACCGGAUCAUCGACGGAGCCACCAUGUGUCGUUUCUCCAACCUGUGGAGAUCGUACCUGGAAAACCCCGCUUCCAUGGUCCUGGAUCUGAAAUAGAAAGACAUCCACACAUCCUCCAAGCACAUCUAGAAGUAUCUAGACACCGACACUAAAGAUUUUUCGUUACUCGGGCACUGAGCUAUUUGAGCCACUGGUUUCCAUCAUGACUGAAGAACAUUUUCACAACAUCAUGAAGCUAAUAACUGGUGUUUUGUUGUUGUUUUUUUUCUUAAUUCUUUCCUCUUGUUGCCUUACUGACAUCAGAUGUUACAUCUACCAGAGCGUAUUGUGUAUUGUUGAAUGUUAGAGGAUAUUAACUCAGUGUAGAAAUAUGAAAAUGUACCCGUGAUGUUUUUGCAAAUGAACUUUCCAAAAUACUGUAAAAUCUCCAGUGGCGUUGCACAAGGGUUUUUAAAAGUGACAUUUCUUAGUGGAUAACAUUUAAAAAUAGUCUUGGUGCAUCUCGUGAAAAUGUCACCCGAAAAAAUUAUAAUAAAAAAGAAAUUAUGUUUUGUAGAAUUAUUAUUAUUAUUGUGACUUUUUCAAAUAUUGCUAUUCCUAAAUUUUUUUUUUUUGAAGCAAAAUAUAAUUUCUUUUUUGUAAUUAUUCUUUUUUCAAUGCUGCUUUUCUUUCCAGUCAAGUGUUUUUAAAGCACAAUGGAAAUAUCUGUGAUUCAAACAAUGGCUGUGGGGAAUCUGUACUGAUGUGUCCUCUCAUCUUCUCUGGUGUGAUGAUUCUCGUUGGAGCAUAAUGUUCUGCACUCAUUUUCCUCGAGGCAUUGUUGUGUGAGUGUGUGAAUUACAAAGGAAAGCGUUUUAAUAAAUGAUACAUUUGAGGAA